GAGACACAAAUAAAUGAACGUACUCAGAGUAGCGAAGUUGAUGGUGAUGUAGUCGAUCAGCAGUAGCCGCGGUAGCAAGUAAAAUCAUCCUGAGAAAAAAUGGUCGUGACAGUGGCUUCCGUACGUCAACAACUCACCAAUUUGGCGCAUUCCGGUGGUUCCCAUAAAGAUCAGGCUGAAAAAUAUCGUGCAACUUUGGACUUGAUAUUGUUGUCUUCCGGCGAGGAACUAGUUGAUGCCUUGAAGACGUUCAUCGAAGCAAUUGUGAACGAAAAUGUGAGUCUGGUGAUUUCAAGGCAAGUUUUAACCGAUGUCAGCAGUCGUUUACUAUUUUUACCUGAUGAGAUAUCGAAAGCUGUUUCACAUUACACACUAGAUAAGGUCCAGCCGCGUGUCAUUUCCUUUGAAGAACAGGUAGCUAGUAUAAGGCAACAUUUAGCUGAUAUUUAUGAACGUAAUCAGAAUUGGCGGGAAGCUGCAAAUGUUUUAGUUGGCAUACCACUGGAAACAGGACAAAAACAAUAUACUAUCGAUUACAAACUUGAGACUUAUCUCAAAAUUGCCAGAUUAUAUCUGGAAGAUGACGACCCAGUACAGGCUGAAGCAUUUAUUAAUCGAGCAUCACUUUUACAGGCUGAGUCUAAAAAUGAACAAUUACAAAUUUAUUACAAAGUGUGCUAUGCAAGAGUGCUAGAUUAUAGAAGAAAAUUUAUAGAGGCAGCUCAGAGAUACAAUGAAUUAUCAUACAGAUCCAUAAUUCAUGAAGACGAACGCAUGACUGCUCUUAGAAAUGCCCUAAUUUGCACGGUAUUGGCUUCUGCAGGACAACAAAGAAGUCGGAUGUUAGCAACUCUGUUCAAAGAUGAACGCUGUCAACAACUUCCUGCUUAUUCAAUUCUUGAGAAAAUGUACUUGGAUCGUAUCAUUCGACGCUCCGAAUUGCAGGAAUUUGAAGCGUUAUUGCAACCUCAUCAGAAAGCAUGCACUAUCGAUGGGUUAGGUUCCACUAUACUCGACCGUGCUGUUAUCGAGCACAAUUUAUUGUCCGCUAGUAAAUUGUACAACAAUAUUUCGUUCGAAGAGUUAGGCGCCUUGUUGGAUAUUCCACCUACUAAAGCAGAAAAAAUUGCUAGCCAAAUGAUCACUGAAAGCAGAAUGAAUGGCUACAUAGAUCAAAUUGAUUCUAUAGUACAUUUCGAAACACGUGAAACCUUACCAACAUGGGACAAGCAAAUACAAUCACUCUGUUAUCAAGUGAAUCAAAUAAUUGAAAAGAUAGCUCAAACAGAGCCAGAAUGGAUUGCAAAAGCGAUGGACGAUCAAAUGGUGCAUUAAUAUUAAUUAUUUAAUAUGAAAAAAAAAAACUACAAAACUCGGAAAUCAUUUAUAACGUAACAGAACCAGCCAAAAGUGAAUAUUUAUAUUAUAGCUCAUCGUUCGAACAAUAGUAUCUAAUAUACGUCAUUUAUAUUUCAUUAUUUGAUUAAAAAAUUGGUUUUUUUAAAAAUA